AUGUUUCUGUUUUGUCCUUAUUCUACAGAUGCACCAAUUUCAGGACUAAGAUCUCUAGAGAUUUCACGUUCCCGUGCACCAUCACCUCCUCAUGAGUCUGGGAAUAUUGUCCCAAUAAGACGACCUGAUAAUGGAGGAAAAUCUUGCAUCCAAGAAGUUCGCCUUCGUGCUAAUCAUUUUCUCAUCACUUACAAUCCCCAAAUGACUAUGUUUCAAUACAACAUUGAUGUUGUGCCAGAGAUGUCAUCUGGUGCUCCUCCUCGAGUUUCAAAUUCAGAAAUACGUUCUGUGAAGAAUAAAAUGUUCUCUGAUGAUCCGGCACAGUUUCCUCUAUCCAUGACUGCUUAUGAUGGGGGAAAGAUCAUUUUUAGUACAGUAAAACUACCUAUAGGGAAAUUUAAGGUGGAUAUACCCAAGGGGAAGGUUGUUAAAUCCUAUAGUUUCACUAUAGAGUUAGUGAAGGAGCUAGAGCUUAGAAGCUUAGAAGACUUCUUCAAUGGCACUCUCCCACAUAACCUUCGUGCAAUAUUGCAAGCGAUGGAUCUUGUCAUGAAAGAGAACCCGAAGCAGCAUCGCGUCCAAGUUGGCCAGGGAUUUUAUUCCAUGAGAUACAACAGAGAUGAUGAUCUUGGUGGUGGCAUUGUAGCCUGCAGGGGCUUCCAACAGAGCUUGAAGCCCACUUCACAGGGACUAGCCUUAUGUGUGGACUACUCUGUUUUACCAUUUCGGAGGCCAAUCCCUGUGCUAGAAUUUCUCUCUGAGUAUUAUCAGAUGCAAACUGAUCAUCUUGAAAGUCAGCUGAGACAAGAUAAGCAACUGAGGCGUGAUCUUGAAAAGGCCGUGAAAGCAUUGAAAGUGAUGGUGACGCACAGGGAAACCAAGCAGAAGUACACAGUCAAGGGACUAACAGGUCAAACUGCGAAUAACCUGACUUUCACAAUGGAGGACCGGGAUGGUGUUAAUCCACCUCAGGAAGUUAGGCUGGUGAAUUAUUUCAGGGACAGAUACAACAAGGAGAUCAAAUUCAAAAAUCUCCCUUGCUUGGAUUUGGGAAAGGGUGAUAGGUCAAAUGCUGUACCUAUGGAGUUCUGUGUGUUGAUAGAAGGACAGAGGUAUCCAAAGGAUCUGCUGGACAGGUAUGGAGCAACAAAAUUGAAGGACAUGUCCUUGGCAAAGCCUUUUGUAAGAAGGAAUGCCAUACUUGAAAUUGUCCAAGCAAACGAUGGGCCUCUCAGAGGAGACAUAGUGCGCAACUUUGGAAUUAGAGCGAGCACAGAAAUGACACAGGUGACUGGCCGUGUGAUCAGAGCACCGAUUCUAAAACUUGGUGACACCAGUGGCAGAGCUUGUAAAUUCACUCUCAAUAGGGAAGAUCGCCAGUGGAACCUUGUUGAUAGUUCUGUAUUGGAAGGGAAGUACAUUGAAAGAUGGGCGAUCCUUGAUUUUACUUCGGCUGAUCGGAAGUUCAGGGUGAACUAUGAUAGAUUCAUACCACCAUUAAUGACUAAAUGCAAUACACUAGGAAUACGCAUGGAAGAACCUCUCUUCAUUGAACAAGCUGACAUGUAUGUGCUCUCUGAUACUGACAAGCUUCGUAAGCUCCUUAAUCAUGUAUAUAACAGGGCAAAACAGCAGUUGCAGAUUCUCAUCUGUCCAAUGACAGGCAAACAUCCUGGUUAUAAGGCUCUAAAGUGGAUCUGUGAGACGCAGAUUGGCAUUGUGACACAGUGCUGUUUGAGCAACCAUUGCAAUGCGGGUAAAGAUCAGUACUUGUCAAACCUUGCUCUUAAGAUCAAUGCAAAGCUAGGAGGCAGCAACUUUGAGCUCUUUGACCGGCUUCCCCGUCUUGAGGGCAAUGAGCAUGUGAUGUUUAUUGGGGCUGAUGUCAAUCAUCCGAGCGCAGGAGAUCCAUCUAGCCCCUCUGCUGCAGCUGUUGUUGCCACUGUAAAUUGGCCAGCUGCAAACAAAUAUGCAGCACAGUACCGUCUUCAAAAGCAUCGCGCAGAGAAGAUCCAAGAUUUCGGGGAGAUGUGUUUAGAGCUUAUCAACAAAUAUGCUGAGCUCAACAAAGCCAAGCCAAAGAAAAUCAUAGUAUUCCGUGAUGGGGUCAGUGACAGCCAGUUUGAUAUGGUACUCAAUGAAGAGUUAAUGGAUCUCAAAAAGGCAAUUGAGCAUGAUGGGUACUCCCCGACCAUUACACUUGUGACUGCACAGAAGCGGCACCAAACUCGCCUAUUCCCAGACGGUGACAAAAACGGGGCUCGUGGUGGCAAUGUUUUUCCAGGGACAGUUGUGGAUACAACUAUUGUGCACCAUUGGGAAUUUGACUUCUACCUUUGUAGCCACAAUGGACUCUUGGGGACAAGCAAACCCACUCACUACUAUUGCUUGUGGGAUGAUCACAAGUUCAGUUCAGAUGAGUUGCAGCACAUCAUAAACAACUUAUGCUACACCUAUGCCCGUUGCACAAAACCUGUGUCGUUGGUCCCACCUGCAUACUAUGCUGAUAAUUUGGCAUAUAGGGUGCGACAGUACUACGAGGCUUGGGAGGCUGAUUUUGCUUCAUCAUCAUCAUCAACAUCUUCAUCAAAUGUGCCGCCUUUUAAUCCAAGCAACUUCAAGCUGCAUAAUGAUCUUGUGGACACUAUGUUCUUCAGUUGAAGCCCCACAAAUGGUUGCAGUCUGCUAGUCAGGUUCAAUCUCCUUAUCUAUACA